CUGCGACAACCUCCAACGACCGGUUUCUACUCGCCGCCAGCCGGUCUGGGAGCAAUCGAAGGUUUCUAUCGCCAGCCUGCUUAAAUCUCUGAACUGUAUUCUAUCGGACUGGGGAUAUUUCGAGUCAUGCAUGUCUAGUGGGGUUCUUAGCCUCCUGAAUGAGACGACUGCCUUGCAAUAACAACAACGAUGAGCGGCCCACCACCGCGAGGAUACGACGCAGCCGGGCCAAGGGCUCGGAGACCUGCAGGAGAAGAUCGGGAUGAUGGGAAAUUGGGCGCAGGGGAAGGCUCAAUGUCAAGGGCCCAAAUGUUCCAAGAUGAAAAGCGGAGGAUCGUUAGUAGCUGUUUCUCUAAACAGGACAGUGAUGGGGCAUUGACCGAAUCCUACAUCACUCACAUCCGGAUCACGGAAGAUGCGGCGUACCCGUCAACUCCAGCACCACCAAAUUCUCCUCCAGAGAAUAAAAAGCCAAGGCUGAUUAUUGUUGCGCUGAGGAAAUCCGGCCGAGUCCGCAUGCACAAAGCUCGUGAGAACAACGACGGGACCUUUUCGAUAGGUAAAACGUGGAUGUUGGAUGAUUUGAGUGCGAUUCAGUCCUACAGUGACCUACCAGCGAAUACGCAAGUCGAACAACAGCACAAGCAAUGGGCAUCCAACGUGGGCUUUGUCAUAACGGUAGGAAAACCGUACUACUGGCAAGCAAGCAACUUCAAGGAGAGAGACUUCUUCAUCGCGAGUCUUGUAAAGAUCUACAAGAAGUAUACCGGCGGCAGGGCUCCAAAGUUGAUUGGCUUUGACGAGAAGCAGAAGCAGACUUUGAUAGGCGACGCAAGCCAAGGGCCCCUCCGCACUGAGCCUCCGACAAAGGCAGCAGUACCACCGCUACAGGAACCAUCUCCAAAUAGAGCACCAAGCCGUGAACGGCUUCGAGAGCCGCGAUCAACACCAUCUCCUAGGCGGCCGCCGCCACUGGCAGGUCGCGAUGGACCCCCUUCAAAAAUCAACGGCCGUAUCGAAAACGAUCAAGUUGCUGCGAAAUCCCAACUGGAACAAAUGGCAGAUUUAGCAGGUCGCCAAGCAUUGGAAUCGCCUGAACCGCUCAGGACAAUGUCGCGGGGUCGCGACGAAAGUCCUGCCAAUAUUCGCCCUGUAGGAAGAGCCCCACCUUCUCGCGAUGGCAGAGAUGGCUCCGAAUCGAAGAUGAACCGGAGCUUAGAUGUUACACAGCGUCCAACCACAGCUGGAUCUGGUACGGCGUCAUCCAUGCAUGGCGCCUCAGGUAGUUUGGGUCAAUCAUUCGUAAAUGAAAGCAAUGGUAGGCUUUCAAGACCAACAAGUAGAGGUGAAGCAGGCAGUGUACCACCUUCUCGAGGCAGCGACCGUUCGAAUAGAUCAUCAAGAAAUGUUGAGGAUGUCCCACCAUCCCUUCGGCCCGGUUCAGCAAAUAGUUUGAGCUUGAAAAUACCCGUGGAGCCACUUAAGGCUGCACCUGAACCUACAAAUGCCGUGCCAGAACCAGCGCCAAUAAUUGAAAAAGGUGAAGAGUCUCCGGUCUUACCGAUUCAGAAGCCAGCUGAUACGGCUUAUCCUGCCACUAUAGCUGUUGAGCAAGCGGAACCAGUCCUAGUGCCUCCACAACCUGGCAGUGUGCCAGAGGCACCAACGUCUGGACCACCUCCAGAUCCGGCAGACAGUUCUGAAAGUCAUCGUCCAGGUCUUGGUCCAAUGAUCAAGAAGAAGUCUACGAAAGAUAUUGCCGGAGCCUUUCGAAAGGCGGCCACGGCAUAUUCUGCUUUCAAACCACGGCCAGGGGGUGCCGGGGAGCGUCUCAUGGCGAAGCCAAAGACUCAGACCAACGAGCCAGAUGGUAUCACAGGCGUCGUUCCUGCUCCGUUGCUACGAGGACAGAGCAGCGAGUCUACCAAACCAACGUCGACAACAGGAAUACCCCAGCCGCCACAGGAAACACAAGUAUCCGGCGCAGCAAAACCACCCCAGAUACCAGUUGUGGAGCAGGAGCCUCCCAAAGUUGAAAUUACUCGAGCACCUACAGAUGAUUUCUCUCCGCCUGUAGAAGAGGUCAAAGAAAUACCUGUUGUUAAUCUACCUGAACCUGCUGCAGUCAAACCAAGCUCAAGGCCAGGAUCGCCAGCCCAGGAUCAGCGCAGAAGACGCCAUGAGGAUAAUAUUGCAAAGUAUUGCAAUGCUCUGGGCGUCGAAGUCACCCUUCUAGAAGGGACCGGUGGUAAUUUUGAUGAGAUCCUUACCGAUUUAGGUUGGAAUGGUCGUUUGAGUGACGACCAGAAAAUCGAGGAUUUGGAAGCUGACAUUCGUCGAGAAAUUGGUCGUGUCCAAGCUACCAGUUGGCUUGGAAAUAUCGAGCAACAAGAAGGUAAAAUUGAUCAAUUGGCGAGGCUGAUUGAUAGAACCGUUGAAGAAUGUGAAGAGCUAGACGGUCUCUUAACUCUUUACUCCCAUGAACUCGGUACCCUUCACGAUGACGUCGCAUAUAUCGAGGCUCAGUCACAGGGUCUACAGGUUCAGACGGCAAACCAGAAGCUUCUUCAAAAUGAGCUUCAAAAUCUUCUCGAUACGCUUUCUAUUUCACCCGAAGACUUGCGGCCAUUGAAAGAAGCGUCUUUCAAAGGCGCAGAAGGAGUGCGUGUGACCGAGGCAGCUUUAGCCAUGCUCUACAAAGCCAUGGUGACGAUUGAUUCUGAUAUUCGGCAAAAUAAAAAGCGCAUGGCUGAUGCUGCCGGAGACUCUAGCAGUAUAGGGGUAUAUGCGGAUACAGAAGUUGUUCAGAUGCGUGCAAUUCGGGAAAAGAAAGAUGAGUACCGAACAGAAGCCGAUGCCUUUUUACAGCGUCUCAGGCAGUUCAUGUCUACUGCAUUCAAAGCCGGCGAACAAACUCGUAUAGAUACACCAUCAUCUUCGAAGGAUGCUCUAAAACUUGAUAAUACUCCCCGGAAUGCUGCUCGCCAGGAGAUGUGGAUGUACAAUGCACUCAUGCUAUUUGCGCGUGAAGUUGGUACCACAGAGUGGACUAUGAUCAUUAACCUGUAUGAGCAAGAUAACAAGGCUCCAUACCAGAAUCAAUUCCGAAAUCAUUGUGCAUCUUGGAAGAAGGCAGUAAAAAAGGUUUCUGGAGAUGAGACCGAGCUUCUUUUCACACAUCACGAGAAGGACAAAGAAAGCGAUGGCAUAACGACCGCGGCUCGCAAAUUAACGGUGAGAAGGGGCAAGACCGUACGUGUUCAACAAGGGCAAAGGUCGAUUGAAAAACCAACCGGCAGGCUAGAACCGUAUGAAGUUUUUACAGGUGCACUCCAGGAAACUCUCAAGAUGAUAUCCCAAGAGCAAAAUUUUGUCGUUCAUUUCUUUCAUUUGAACUCGCUGGCAACUGUAGAAUUCUCCGACAUCAUAACCGCCAACGAACCUGGUGAACGGCAAAUCCCUGACUUCAGCGUGAGACAAUUGCACGACCCUGACCGCGAUCUCGCCAAACGAGUCGAGCAAAUCAUGGACAGUAUCUUUUCCUUCUGGGCUACUGAUAUACAGAAUCUUGUCGAUUGGGUUUUGAAAACUGAGCAACUGCAAGGAAUUGGUGUACUGGCUGCGCUCGAAGGAGCUAUUUCUGAAUACGACGAUUCGAACCAAGAUUUUAUUGUUCACACGCUGCAGAAACUACUUUCCCGUCUGAAUGGCUUAUUUAACCGAUUUGUUGACGAACAGAUUCGGGGAAUUGAAGAAACCAAAGUCAAGAUCAACAAGCGGAAAGGUGUCAUUUCUUUUAUGAGAACAUUCCCUCACUUCUCUACUGUUGUUGAAAACAUGCUGGCCUCUCAAGCGUCAUCUAGCUUCUCUGAUGUCCGCGUGUCUGUCAACGAGGCCUAUACCAAGAUCAAUCGCGCCAUGUGGGAAAGUUUGAAAUUCAUUGCUAAAGAAGCUCCUGGCCAAGCCCCUGGCACCACUACUGGUGUAGGCGACCCAGAGGAUAAGGAAGCUCUCAAUUAUCACAUUCUUCUGAUUGAGAACAUGAAUCAUUACCUUGAAGAGGUUGAUGUCCGUGACCUACCUGUUUUAGAACGGUGGCGCGAUCGGGCAUUCCAGGACUACCAUGAACAUAUGAAGCUAUACAUGGACGCCGUUAUCCGGCGGCCGCUUGGAAAACUAUUAGAUUUCGUAGAAUCUACCGAGUCCCUGCUUGCGAACACAAGCAGCCCUACUGACAUUUCUAAGCGCACCAGUCAUUCGAGACAUGUAGCGAAGAAGUUGAUUUCAUCAUACGAUUCAAAGGAGCUUCGACGCGGUGCCGACCUUCUCAAGAAACGUGUUGAGAAACACUUUGGUGACGCAGAUGACCCGGGUUUGAGCCGCAGUUUGGUGGCAAAAGUGCUCAAGGAGUGUGAAAGUCGAUACGCAGAUGCAUAUGACCGUACUAGGAAAGUCAUCGACAGUGUUUAUGAGGGCCAAAUCGAGCUCGAAUGGAACAGGGACGAAAUCGCUGCUCUAUUUCGCCGCUAAAGCCACCAUACUGAGAGCUUUGUAAAAUCUUCUGCAUUAUUUGUCCUUUUCAUGUUUUCUAGCCACAUCCACGAGGAGGAUUGUGGCGGCUAUACUUUGGGCACGGCAUUGCAACAGGUGUUUUUGGGGAAUGGUUGACUUUCUAGGGUAUCUUUAUUAUUUCUUCUUAUUCUUUUUGCGGCUCUAUAUCAAGCGCGAUUCCCGCCAGUUAUAGCGUCAUAUGAAGGAUUGUGAUUAUCGUCUACCACAUUGUAACUAUGCUGUGAUGGAUACCGUUCUAUGCUUUAUCUACAAUGAUUUACGAUAUUUAGGUAGCGAAUAGAGGUUAUUCUAUACAAUUCGUCUACAAUUAAAUACAGCGCGAUGGAUAUACUGUAAUGAGC